AUGGUAUCGAAAGGUAAUAUUCGAAUUGACUUUUGGAACGGCUAUACUGAACAGUUACCUGUUACAUUGUUACUACUCGGCAUGCCAUUCGAGCAGCUGAAACUAGGUCUAAGACAAAAAUCAAUAAGCCAAACGAAGCACAAACUUGCAGACCAUAUACUCGAAGAAAAAGAAGGAUCUGCUCGCGAUGUUCGAAGACGCUGUGCUGGUUGCUACGAGAAAAUCAGUCAACUACAAUGGAGCGAAGUUGGCCCUGCAGCUGAAAAGAAAGUGAAGAAUUUCUGUCCUGAUUAUUUCAAUCAGAAGCAUCUUAUUUUCUAA